AUGUCUACGCCGGGCAGUGCGAGCAAUUCCAAACUAGACUCCAUAAGGAGUAAACGGCCUGCGUGUGAAAACUGCAAGAAUCGCAAAACAAAAUGUGAUCGCCGCACCCCAUGCUCAAGCUGCGUGACUGCCGGCCUAGAGUGCCAAAUCGCCCAGCGAUCUCUAGAAAAGCGACAGCGGGUUCUCAUUUCGUCGAGAUACGAUGAAGCCAUGGAAAAUGUCGAGCGUGUGCUUCAGGGCAUCCGGCAAGAUGUUAAUAGGCUCCUGGACACGAAUGAAACCCGCCUCCAGCAGUCGCCGAUGCAGUCGCAGGCAUCUCCGGCUGAAAAGAUCACAAGUCACCUUCUAGAAGUAUCAAGAACUUCUGAAGGUUACCGGGGUGAUUCAUCGUUUAAUGCUCAUGUGAAGCGCGUGAGAGAUACUCUGAAAAAUGCCGCAUCCGACAUAGGCUCUAUUUCAGCCUCUUCUUUAGGUGAUGAUGACCCUCGAGGCGACUCUACCACUGCUAUGGAUUCUUCCGGCUUUGAAAUUUCAGGCUCACCAGAUUCUUCUCCUUCCUCACGCGUGGAUUUACAAUAUCCUGAACUAGAAAGCAGGACACUUCCGCCUAUCAAUUCGGUGCUUUUACUACUACGGUUAAUCCAGGACGAGAAGCAGGACUUCUUUCUAAAUAUGCCCAUCAUUAAUGAAACAGAGUUUGCGGAAUUUUGCCAACAAGUUUACUUUGCUAUCCGUCAUUAUUCCCUGACGACAUGGGCAAUUGUCAAUGUCGGCCUUUUCUACCUUUUUGUCGGACUGAAGAAGCCACAUUAUGACCGAAUUUGCGUUACGGCAUCCGAUAUCGAUUCGUUCCUUCGGCUAUUGGACGCGAAUAUAGAGAUCACUAUGAACAGCUUGAGACUUUGUAUAAUACCGUCAGUCGAGGCUUGCCAAGCAAUGUCAUUUUUGACAAUGUUCUAUAUGAGGGCUGGUCGGCCCGCCAUGGCAUGGAGAUUGAAUUCAGCCGGUUCAAGAAUGUGCAUUGACUUGGGAUUCCACCAUCUACCUAGCAAGUACAAGGGCCGCGAGGAAUUCAAGAAACGCCUAAUAUUCUGGCACAUUUACGUUGUGGACAAAGGCCUGGCUUUUACUCUGGGGAGGACGCCAUCAAUUCCUCACUUUGAUGUCUCGACUGAGCGUCCCUCUAUACCAGAAGACUUGCCUGGGGAUCUUCCAGAGGGCCCAGCAUAUUUAUAUGCUGCUUUUCUGGAAUUUUCCGUCAUCUCAGGCGAUAUGUACAUCAAACUGUUUUCUGCAAUCGCACAACGAGAACCACAAAGGAUCCGUAUCGAGAGAGCCGAAUCUUUUGCUAAACAGCUCACCGAAGUCAACGAAAACAUUCAAAACACGCUUCAAGAUAACGUACUUACGAACAACGCGUUUAAAAUAAUCGCCAUCCUUCUCAACAUAAUGACUCUCUGCCUCGUCACAAUCGUCUACCGCAUCGUCCCGUGCGAGGCACCAAACUCACAUCCGCUGCAAUGCAGUAUUAAUUGCGUCAAUGCAGCUCGUGGAGCACUAAUAGCCAUCGUCAGAGCCAGUGAAACAUUUGGCCAGAAAAGUCCAGGUUCCUGGGGAAUGUUCCUAAAUACGCUAUUCUCUUACGUCCCGUUCACCUCAUUCAUCGUCUUGGCUGGAAAUACCGUCGCGGUGCCCUCAGUUGAGGACUUGACGAUCCUCUGGUCCGCCCUCUCCAGCAUCGAGCCGGGAUCAGUGACCUCACAAAGUGGGAAAAAGCUCUACGAUACUUGCAAGACGUUCUAUCGGAUUGCUGAAAACACUGUUUCACAUCAUAUGGAAGGGAGAAACAGCACCACUACCAUCCCCGGGGAAAGCCACUUGACAUCCAGUGCAGAUGUUGCGCUUGAACAGCAGCAAACAAUGCAUCCAUCGUUCCAAAUCCCUCCCGGUGAUAUUUCAGCAGCCGGAUUACAACAAGUCAUGACGCCCCGGGCUUGGGAUGCGGUAAUGAAUGACUUUGACGCCGAUGUUGAUCCUGUCGCAAUGGCGUCGUUUAUUGAGCCAUAUCUUUUCUUUGACGGGGAUAUAUCGUAG